GACCGCUCUCGCUUUCCGUCUGGCUCCAUUGUUGUCCCGUUUCGUUUCGAGCGCAGAAAAAAGAUCGAAAUCUAUUGAACCGUCUGAAAAGCGGCCCUCUUCUCUCGACGUUCGCUCGCGCUCCCUUUUCUACGUUUCUUCGUCGUCUCCAUUCGACCCUCCGCCUUUCGCUUCUCCUACAACCAAGUUCUUCUUUCGAUCGAAGACUGCUCCCUCCCUCUCUUUCUCUCUCUCUCUCUCUCUCUCUCUCUUUUCUUCCCCUUCUCGUGCCACAGACUCCAGACACUAGCAAGGGUGUCGCAAGAAACCUUCCGAACGCAAGAAAAAUUUACGUUCUGUAUGCACUCGUCUCGUGGUGGAUUACAAAAUGUAUAACGUUUAAAUAAAGUAGAAGAAAACCAUCUCCAUUAGCUUUCGAAAACAAAGGAGAAUAAUGUUUUAUUAAACUCGAACGAUUUCUUUGAUCUCCCUUUAUUAAAAGAUAAAAAAGAUGAUAUUUCAUGAAAAAACGUCCGAUCGUCGUCGUCGUAAUAUAACGACUCAAAGGAGGAAGGGGACAAGGUCGAGGACGUCCUAGAGAUUGCGAACGCAACGAUGCAUCUAUCCGGGAGAGCGAAUUAUCGAGAUAUCGAUCGACUAUCGCUUAAUAUCCGGUUACCCGCAAAAUCGUGUGGCCUCCCGCACUGGAGAGUAUGGCCGAGAGCGUCUCUGACCGAAACCCUCUUCUCGGCGGUUUGUCUGUCUGUCCUCUCUCUCUCUCUCUCUCUCUCUCUCUCUCUCUCUCUCUCUCUCUCUCCUAUAAAGGACCGUCUCGCGAGCUAUGAAAACACGAAUAGAAUGCAUUAGAUCGCACGUUUGUCGAUGAUCGUUUGAUGUAACAAAUGAUCGAAUAUUAAUUAUAAAAAAAAAAGUUAAUCGCCGCGAUUGCGUUGAUGAUUGUAAAUAUGGUCAAUUCGAUCAGAUCUAAAGGUUUUUUUAUAAAAAUAGAAUGCACACGCGUUUGAUAUAUAUUGUCGUCGAUAGGAGAUUAAGUAAUAAUCUUGCGUCGCAAGGAAUGAAAGAAUGAUCAUCUAUCGUCAUCGAAAGAAGAAUCUUUCCAAUUCGUCGUCGUCGUCGUCGUCGUCGGUGCGGCUAGAAGCAACUCAUUGUCAGACGGCAGCCGACUCAGAGGCCAGCAAUGCGGUUCUCCCGCGUUGUUACACCCUGCUCGAUCGAAAUCGAAAGAAAUGUUCUCUCGCACGGUCGCGCGAAAGCGAUUCAGCGCCGCGGCAGCGCUACAUCGGCUUUGCACACCUUGCCGAGGACGGGAGGGCCGGCUCUUGGGAGCGCUUUCGCAAAGCAACGACAAUGAUCGCCGUGGAAGGCAACCGGUUGCACGCGCUAAAAAUACGCUGGACGACGCGGAACGCCGAAGAGGAUCCUGAUCGGCGCGCCGUUGCGGGAAGGCAACUAUUUCCAAAGCCAAAGAGAAGAGAUCGCUUAUGCCUGUGCAUCGAUAUCGGAGGAGAUACAUCGGCUGGGAACAAAAGGGCUUUUAUAGUAUCGCCGAUGAUGUUGCUGGCUGAUUCCGAAUGGGGCAAAGCUCGUCUUAUUUCGUGCGACUCCGCUCGUGGUUCGUCGAGAUGAGAGCUCUCGAGGAAGCAUCGACGAGGAGGAGGAAGCCACGGAAACAUCGGUACGGCUCGUAACGAGCUUCGAAAACACGAUAACUCGGGGGUAUUUACGAGCGGGUGAGGAGGUAGGAGCGCGAGAACGCUCGGCAGGUGCUCCCCUGGGCAAAAGGUGGCGUCCCGAGACAGCCUUGAGAGAGAACGAGAGAGAAUGAGAGAGAGAGAAAGAGACGCACCACGGGUCGUUGGAUUGGACGA